GCCCACAGGCAGGACGGCGGGCGGCUGCGCGCGGGACCCCAGAGCCGGGACCCGCAGCGGGGGCGCGGCCAGCCUCCCUGGUUCCCUCCCUCCUUGCCUCCCCCUGGAGCGGGCGACCAUGAGCACCGCGGUCAAUGUUGACGCCCUUCCGGAGUACGAGAAGAGUCAGAUCAAGAGGGCCCUGGAGCUGGGCACGGUGAUGACAGUGUUCAGCUUCCGCAAGUCCACCCCGGAGCGGAGGACCGUCCAGGUGAUCAUGGAGACCCAGCAGGUGGCCUGGAGCAAGACGGCCGAUAAGAUCGAGGGCUUCCUGGAUAUCAUGGAAAUAAAGGAAAUCCGCCCAGGGAAGAACUCCAAGGAUUUUGAGCGUGCGAAAGCAGUCCGCCAGAAGGAAGAGUGCUGCUUCACCAUCUUGUACGGCACCCAGUUCGUCCUCAGCACGCUCAGCUUAGCAGCCGACUCUAAAGAAGAUGCAACUAAGUGGCUCUCUGGCUUGAAGAUCUUACACCAGGAAGUGAUGAGCGCAUCCACCCCCACCAUCAUUGAGAGUUGGUUGAGAAAGCAGAUUUAUUCUGUGGAUCAAACCAGAAGAAACAGCAUCAGCCUCCGAGAGUUGAAGACCAUCUUGCCCCUGGUCAACUUCAAAGUGAGCAGCGCCAAGUUCCUCAAAGAUAAGUUCGUGGAAAUAGGCGCACACAAAGAUGAACUCAGCUUUGAACAGUUCCAUCUCUUCUAUAAAAAACUUAUGUUUGAACAGCAAAAAUUGAUUCUUGACGAAUUCAAAAAGGAUUCCUCCGUGUUCAUCUUGGGCAACACCGACCGGCCGGAUGCCUCCGCUGUUCACCUGCACGACUUCCAGAGGUUUCUCUCACAUGAACAGCAGGAGCUUUGGGCUCAGGAUCUGAACAAAGUCCGUGAGCGGAUGACAAAGUUCAUUGAUGACACCAUGCGAGAAACUGCCGAGCCCUUCCUGUUUGUGGAUGAGUUCCUCACGUACCUGUUUUCCCGGGAGAACAGCAUUUGGGACGAGAAGUAUGACGUGGUGGAUGUGCAGGAAAUGAACAACCCCUUGUCGCAUUACUGGAUCUCCUCAUCACAUAACACGUACCUCACGGGUGACCAGCUUCGGAGCGAGUCGUCCCCGGAGGCCUAUAUCCGCUGUCUGCGGAUGGGCUGCCGCUGCAUUGAGCUGGACUGCUGGGACGGGCCCGACGGGAAGCCCAUCAUCUACCACGGCUGGACGCGGACCACCAAGAUCAAGUUUGAUGACGUCGUGCAGGCCAUCAAAGACCAUGCCUUUGUCACCUCGAGCUUCCCCGUGAUCCUGUCCAUCGAGGAGCACUGCUGCGUGGAGCAGCAGCGCCACAUGGCCCGGGUGUUCAGGGAGGUGUUCGGCGACCUGCUGCUGACCAAGCCCACGGAGGCCAGUGCCGACCAGCUGCCGUCGCCCAGCCAGCUGCGGGAGAAGAUCAUCAUCAAGCAUAAGAAGCUGGGCCCCCGAGGCGACGUGGAUGUCAACAUGGAGGACAAGAAAGAUGAACACAAGCAGCAGGGUGAACUGUACAUGUGGGAUUCCAUCGACCAGAAAUGGACUCGGCACUACUGUGCCAUUGCUGAUGCCAAGCUGUCCUUCAGCGAUGACAUUGAACAGACUGUGGAAGGUGAACAGCCCCCGGAUAUAGCCCCCACGGAGCUGCAUUUUGGGGAGAAGUGGUUCCACAAGAAGGUGGAGAAGAGGACAAGUGCCGAGAAGCUGCUGCAGGAAUACUGCGCCGAGACGGGGGGCAAGGAUGGGACCUUCUUGGUGCGGGAGAGCGAGACCUACCCCAAUGACUACACCCUGUCCUUCUGGCGGUCGGGCCGCGUCCAGCACUGCCGGAUCCGCUCCACCGUGGAGGGCGGGACCCUGAAGUAUUACCUGACUGACAACCUCAUGUUUACCAGCAUCUACGCCCUCAUCCAGCACUACAGCGAGACGCACCUGCGCUGUGCCGAGUUCGAGCUCCGGCUCACCGACCCAGUUCCCAACCCCAGCCCGCACAAGUCGAAGCCGUGGUACUACGAUGGGCUGAGCCGUGGAGAAGCGGAGGACAUGCUGAUGAGGGUUCCCCGGGAUGGCGCCUUCCUGAUCCGGAAGCGGGAAGGUACCGACUCCUACGCCAUCACCUUCAGGGCCAGGGGCAAGGUGAAGCACUGUCGCAUCAACCGGGACGGCCGGCACUUCGUGCUGGGCACCUCCGCCUACUUCGAGAGCCUCGUGGAGCUGGUCAGCUACUACGAGAAGCACGCACUCUACCGGAAGAUGAGACUGCGCUACCCCGUGACCCCCGAGCUCCUGGAGCGGUACAACAUGGAAAGAGAUAUAAACUCCCUCUAUGACGUCAGCAGGAUGUAUGUGGAUCCCAGUGAAAUCAAUCCUUCCAUGCCUCAGAGAACCGUGAAAGCUCUGUAUGACUACAAAGCCAAGCAAAGCGAUGAGCUGAGCUUCUGCCGUGGUGCCCUCAUCCACAACGUCUCCAAGGAGCCUGGGGGCUGGUGGAAAGGAGACUACGGAACCAGAAUCCAGCAGUACUUCCCGUCCAAUUACGUUGAAGACAUUUCAACAGCUGAUGGAGAGGAGCUGGAAAAGCAGAUUAUUGAAGACAAUCCCUUAGGGUCUCUUUGCAGAGGAAUACUGGAUCUCAACACCUAUAAUGUUGUAAAAGCCCCACAGGGGAAGAACCAGAAACCUUUCGUCUUUAUCUUGGAGCCCAAGAAGCAGGGUGACCCUCCGGUGGAGUUUGCCACAGACAAGGUGGAGGAGCUGUUCGAGUGGUUCCAGAGCAUCCGGGAGAUCACCUGGAAGAUCGACACCAAGGAGAACAACAUGAAGUACUGGGAGAAGAACCAGUCCAUCGCCAUCGAGCUCUCGGACCUGGUCGUCUACUGCAAACCGACCAGCAAGACCAAGGACAACCUAGAAAACCCCGACUUCCGAGAAAUCCGCUCCUUCGUGGAGACAAAGGCUGACAGCGUCGUCAGACAGAAACCCAACGAUCUCUUGAAAUACAAUCAAAAGGGCCUGACCCGCGUUUACCCCAAGGGACAGCGGGUGGACUCCUCCAACUACGACCCCUUCCGCCUCUGGCUGUGUGGCUCCCAGAUGGUGGCACUCAAUUUCCAGACUCCAGAUAAGUACCUGCAGAUGAAUCACGCCCUGUUUUCCCUCAACGGGCGGACUGGCUACGUCCUGCAGCCCGAGAGCAUGAGGGCGGAGAAGUACGACCCCAUGCCGCCCGAGGCGCAGAGGAAGAUCCUGAUGACUCUGACGGUCAAGGUUCUGGGGGCUCGUCAUCUCCCCAAACCUGGACGAAGUAUCGCAUGUCCCUUUGUGGAGGUGGAAAUAUGCGGAGCCGAAUAUGACAACAACAAGUUCAAAACAACAGUUGUGAAUGACAACGGCCUAAGCCCUGUUUGGGCUCCGACACAGGAGAAGGUGACGUUUGAAAUUUAUGACCCAAACCUCGCGUUUCUGCGCUUUGUGGUUUACGAGGAAGAUAUGUUCAGCGAUCCCAACUUUCUCGCGCAUGCCACUUUCCCCAUUAAAGGAAUCAAGUCAGGAUUUAGAUCUGUUCCUCUGAAGAACGGCUACAGUGAAGACCUGGAGCUGGCUUCCCUCCUGGUUUUCUGUGAGAUGCGGCCAGUCCUGGAGAGCGAAGAGGAGCUUUACUCCUCCUGCCGCCAGCUGCGGAGGCGGCAAGAAGAGCUGAACAACCAGCUCUUUCUGUACGACACACACCAGAACCUGCGCAACGCCAACCGGGACGCCCUGGUCAGAGAGUUCAACGUCAACGAGAACCAGCUGCAGCUGUACCAGGAGAAGUGCAACCGCAGGUUAAGAGAGAAGAGAGUCAGCAACAGCAAGUUUUACUCAUAGAAGCCGGGCUCCAUGUGUAAAGGUGCCGUGUGUGCGCGUGCGUUUGCAUGUAGGACUGUGUGCUCUCUUCGGACCCUGGGAACAUGCUCGCGUGUGAGGUCAUCCUCUCCUCGAGCCUGUCAGCUAGAUGACGUUUCUGAAGUCGACCCAAGUGGCAUGAGUUGGGGUAAUUUCCUGGUAACUUUUUCAUCUUGGACAAUUUCUUAACUUAGAGUCUCUAUAGAGGACCCCCAAAACCUGCUCACAUUUGGCCUCUCGUGUUCCAAAGCUCGCUGAAUAAAAGCAAUGAAAACUCUUGAUCAGUUAAAGCUUCUGUGCACGACCUGUAGAGUUCGCAGGAUUCCUUCUCUGGCCCCUAAAGACCCAGGUAAUUGACUUCCGCAGAAGAUGAGCCCCAUCUCUAAAGAACUAAUUCAUUAGAUUCUGGAAAGGAUUUGACCUAAAAGGCAAACGAUUUCACACUUAAGGCCAUCAGAAUGUACCAGGGCCCGGAGAGGAGCCCUUGCCCUGCCCCAGGUCAAAGCACUUUUAACUACCACCAGCAGGCUGAACCGACCUGCUGCCAUACAUGACAGGGGGCUGGAGGUGGAGCCCAUCCAUUAAGACAGAGACUUGCUUCGUGACUGGGGCGGUGGGGGUCGAGGGUGGAAAUCUUGGGGCCUCCUCGAUUUACAGAGCUGAUCAGAGCCCCUGAAGCCUCGGCCAGCUGCUCACUCACCCCUGCUCCGUCCACUUAAGAGCUGGCUGCAUAGCCACGGGGAAGCUUCGGGUCUGCAGCUGUCCACAGGCAAGCGGUCACUCACUGCUUAAAUGGGGUGACAGGGUAGGCUCUCUGGAUUAUCCAGUUUUCUGGAGCAGUGAGCGAAGCCUUAGGAAACUACAGAAAAUCUCAGACUCGGCCACCCACAAAGGGGCAGGCCCACCUAGGACAAGAUGAUCCUCCUCUACAUCUUGAGACGCAGUUUAAUGAUGUGUACAGUGUGAUCCUUUAAUAAGGCUUUUUCAAGGCAAGGCUGGUGUGCGGGGCGUGCGUGGGGAGUGGUCCGUAGAGCCACAGCUUGGUCAGAGGGAACUGAGAACUAACUUAGGAGACAAAAGGGAACUAUGGGAAACAAGUGACUGCUGGGGAGCCACAAACCAGCCGUCAGUCUGGUGGCUUUACUUGGAUGGAAAUGUGUCCUAGAAAUCCACUCCGCCCGCCCCUUAUUAGCCUGGGUUUAGCGUGCACGAAUUAGCUGAAGAGUACCUUAAAGGCAGCCAUGCUCUGUCUCAUCAAAAGACCCCACCCCUCCAUUCCACGCAAGUUUAUCAAGUUCUUCCAUACCCCAAGCACUAUGCCAAAGUCUGGGGGUUCCAGGUCUUAAAAAAAUUAAGGAAAGAAAAAAAAAAAAAAGCCAUGGUUACCGGUCUCAUGGAACCUAUCCAUGUGCUUCUAAAAGAAAUGCGUUUUAUCUUCCAUGAAGGCCUGAGUAUACCUAACAGCCCCACCUUGGUCAGGCUGCUCUUAUUACUUAGUUAUUCCUUGAGUUGGAGUUGCUACUUUAUUUGGCAGCCAGCGACUGCGGGAAGAACAUUCCCGAUGGUAGCAAAUGUUCAAAGCAACAUUCAAGAAAGGUUAGAUGGAAAAGGCACUGAGUUGAACCCUGCACGGAGGGAAUUUUCAGACUCUGUAGCCAGUGCCCCAUUGGCUGGUGGCCAGGAAGCCACUGGAGCCUAAUUAUUGCACCUCCAGCCACAAGCCCCUUUUGGCUCCAGCAUUACCUCUACAAGCUCAGGUGUUGAUGUCAUUACCUGUUUUCAGCUAGGGAUGAAUAAAAGACAUAAACCUUCCACCUCACUCCAUUUUAAAGCCAAAAGGUAAGACCAAGAUCCCCUUUCUGCUUAAAAUGGAUUUUCUGCUACUGUAUCAAAAACAAUUAAGAAGUGGUAGCACAGAAGGCAGAAGCUAAGCAUCUUUUCAGCUGCUAUCUUGUAGAAUCCAUACCGAGCCAUACUCACGCAGAGACAGAGCAGGCACAUGAGAGGGUUUAUACUCUCAAUGGUGCUGGGAAGAACCUUCUCCCCUAAAACGGGCUCCUGCUCCUCCGUGCUACAGUGACUUGAAUCCACCAUUAGAGAAUAUUUGCUUUGGCACUACACUCUCCCCUUAAUAGGGUAACACAUUAAUCUGGUUCUUGGUGGUGGCAGGAUUCUCUAGGUUGAGACACAGAGCAAGUGAGGGGCACAGAUGACAUCAGAGUCUGCCCAGAUGCCACAUAACCUAAGUAUAAAAUAUCUAGCUGAGAUUGUGGUUUAACAGCCAUGUAAUGAGCACAGCCGAUUCAGGUCAAGGAGAAUCGUCAUUGAUAGGAACAGCCUGAAAUGGCAGCAACAUUGAUGGAGUCAAGCCAUGAUGGCCUAUGUGUAAAACAGUCUUUAUUCUAAUUGGUAAAGGAAAUGGUGAACAUCCGUUAUUACGUGGAAAUAUAAAUGGAGGAGGCUGGUUAGAUCAUUUGAGUUUGUGAAAUGUAGGUUAUAGCAAGUUAAUCUCUCUACUGUAAAACUUGGCUAUUCUAAUGGGCACAGUGAAGAGGGGUGUAGAAUAUCCCUUUCCCAAGUUUGAUCUGAGAACCCUUUUGCCAACAAACAUCUUACGGGACUAGUUACAGUGGAAUACAUUUGAGGACCUGCUGCUCUAUUAAUUAAGAAGGCAAUAUAAUCUAAUAAUUUAUAUGCUUUAUGACAUAGUUAAAUAAAAACUAAACUGAAGCCCCCAAGGCCAAUAAUUUUUUAAGUGGGCCAGUCUUACCCCUAGCAAUCUACCAGACCUUUCCAAGGAGUUAGUUUUAGGGCGUCAAUUUUCAGAUCCUCCCCUUCCUAUUGUACUCUUUCCUAAGAUUCAUCUGCCUGAGAAAACGCCCUUUUCUCUCCUUACCGAAGAAAACAUCUUUCCCCAUAGUCAGUCUUGCUGUAGAGCAUGACUCAAGAUGUAAACAUCAAAAUAUGGUGUUUGGAAAGUGAAAGCCUCUUAACAGGAUACAAAUCCUUCUGCAAUGCUGGUGGUUCCCAAUUCUUUGCUUUCAACAAAAUUGAAGGAACACCCAAGAUUUCUGAGUAUUUAUUUUAGCAUGUAGUUCUGAAGGAGCUGGAAGAAUUCAGCUACGCUGCUGUCACAUAAUUCCGUCUGUUCCCAUCUAACUGUGUGAAAGACCAUCGAUAUUUCCAUACAUAAAAUUGAAAAGGGAGAAUGGAAUUGAUACUGUACCGAGACAAUUCUAACAAAGAUAAUAUUAAUCUAUACAGAGAUGAAAUAAUCGGAGGGAGAAGCCUUCUUCAGCUCCUUAAGUGAUACAUUGCCAAUGAAAUUUUACUGUGCUUAUUUAGUACUUUAUUAAAAUGUGCACUCUAUUUGUUUAUUAAGCUCAGUCCAGAAGAAGUUUAAAAUAUGUAGAGCCUUAUGAUGACAGGAUAUGUAAUUUUGUUACAGAAAUGCAACUAAACAACAUAAAAGCCAAGAAUAACUGGGCUAAAAUUUUGAGGGGGAAGUGGAAUAAAAAUACAAAUUCAGUGAGUAAAAAAGAAAACUGUAGCAUUUCCUACCAUUAAAAAAUUGCCUUGUUUAAUUUUUUGAAAGGAUGGUAGUGGCUACCACCUAUUGUGUGCUUAGAGCCUCUUGGCUAAAUGUAAAGGGGAAUGUAACCAUUUUGCAGCAUCUACAACGUGCCGGCAGUUUGAUCCUUUGCAGCUAUUUAGGAUGAAAAAUUUUAGACAUCAAUUUAGAAAUGUGUAAGGGCAAACACCGGUUUUCAAAAUUCACUUCUGAGGUCUCUGAACAUAACAUUUUACAGUCGCUGAUCUAGGGCCACUAAGAAUGAGUCGUAU